GUUGGGAAUGCAGUUAACAUCCAUCGCGUGAGUACGAGUCCUCGGUGUACCGGAAGAGAAGUAAGCUGCGACAACGUUUCCUUAGAGCCUCUACACGUUUUUUCUCGCAACGACUAAGAAGGUAUGAUGAAGUAAAAAUAUCUCCUGGUGUAAAGAGGAUAAGCUUCUGUCAUUGUUGGUUCAUAGUAGAAUAUGAUGUUUGGCCUUCAAUCCACAAUACUCCCUCUCAGCCGGCUUGUCGGUAGAUGUAAUUUAGUGAAGGAAGAUGCUAAAUUAGCAUAAGCUAGUGGGAAAAUCAGUCUAGUAAGGUGAUUGUCUUGGAAAAAAGGUGCAUGUCCAAGGGGAUCUCGCAUGGUUGUGAAGCACAGACAAGUUCAGGUGUGCUAGUGUUCUAGUGGUGUCAGCGAAAUGCUGGGUGGUCCAGGGCUUGAGUCUGUCGUUGAUCAAAUCAUUUCAGUUAUCACUAAUGAUGGGCGGAACAUAGUGGGUGUUUUGAAAGGUUUUGAUCAAGCUACCAAUAUAAUUCUUGAUGAAUCUCAUGAAAGGGUUUAUUCUACUAAGGAAGGUGUUCAGCAACUUGUAUUAGGUCUCUACAUCAUAAGGGGUGAUAACAUAAGCAUAAUUGGGGAAUUAGAUGAAGAACUGGAUGCAAGCUUGGAUUUGUCAGAACUGAGAGCUCAUCCUCUGAAGCCUGUUAUUCAUUAAUGUGCUACAAGGUAUUCUUAGUAAAACCUUGAAUCUUGUAAGGGAAGUAGAUGAUGAAAUGGAUUUAUUAUGAUAUUAUUUGAUUUAAAUAUGCAUCAAACCUGAAGUGCUA